CCCAGCGUCACGCGACUUCCGCUGUUGUAACAAUACAAAGGUCCGAAACAGUUCGUGUUACAUACAUUUAGAAUUUCAGAAAUUAGGUACAAAAAUACUACUUGAUCUCUUAGUCUUAUGAGGUAUUAUUUUAACGCACAUAGUGAUAAUGUAUAGAUUGUGUAAAGCCAAUCUAAUUACAGUUAGGCAUAGACCUACACAACUUUCAGUUUCACAGGUUGACUUUAGUACUACGGUUACAAAACUAUUCAACGACAAAAUUAACGUUUUAGAAGUAAACCAAGACUGUCAAUGUAAUACAGCCUUUCAAAAAGAGCCUUUAGAUGGUGGACCUGACCUACAUGAUUUUAUAGCAGGAGUUGUUCCAAGGGGAUCUACAUAUACAGAUUACAAAGAAAAGCUGAAACGAGAAAAAGGUGAAUCAACAAGGUUGAAACUACCUCCUUGGCUGAAAACACGGAUACCAGUUGGUAGAAAUUAUGAUAACUUAAAAUUAACAUUGAGAACUCUUGGGCUUAACACUGUAUGUGAGGAAGCACGUUGUCCCAACAUUGGGGAGUGUUGGGGUGGAGGUGAUCAAGGUAUUGCUACAGCAACUAUCAUGUUGAUGGGUGAUACAUGUACCCGUGGUUGUCGGUUUUGCUCUGUGAAGACAUCAAAAAAUCUCCCUCCACUUGAUAAGAAGGAACCUGAGAAUACUGCAAAGGCAGUUGUAGCUUUUGGUCUGGACUAUGUGGUACUAACAUCUGUUGAUAGAGAUG